AUGCAAACCAACUUCCAACUUGGAGGGACACCCCUGGGUGCAGACAAAGAAGAUGCACAAAGUGAACAGUUCAAACCAAUUUGUGUCACAGUUACACUUUCAGUGCCAAAGGAGGGCAAGAAAGGGAAGGUUGCAAGGAAACCGGACACCAUGCAGAAGCAAUUCCAACUGGAUGUGCUUGGAAGUAACAAUGUGGUCAAGCCCUCUGUCUUUUGGAAGUCCGAGCUUGAAGCAUUGGGUCCUACCUAUGUUGCGACAUACACUCCUGGUGAUGACAGCGGUCAAUGGCCAGAUUUCAAAGCCAACAAGGGUCUUCUAGUUGAGACAAAUGAUGAAUUUUCGUUGAUGAUUCAAAGCAUCCGUGACUGGAUGUUGCUUGGCAUUGUUGUCACAGUUGAUCUGGAUGGCUUUCAGGUGAUGCUGCAGUCAACUCAGAUGUCAUUUGGCAGGUGGCUAUGGCACUGGAACAAAGCACCUGGGGCCACAGAUUUUACUCCCAUAGAGAUAGAAUGCACUGAAAAAGUCAUCAAACUUCAGGAGUGGUGGAUAUGCACAGACCCUGAGCACGGAGGACAAUACUGUUAUGUCUGCAAAGUUGGUGACUCCUGUAUUCCAUUGUCACCAUAUGCCCUAAAGCACUGUGCAUCUAGCUGGUUAGAGGGCUUAGCAUCAUUAGACAGCCCACCCAACACCCAAUAUUUCAAUCAGGCCACUCACCAUCGAUCCAAAUCCCAGUCUCAAGGCCCAGUGAAUCCACCUAGUAAUAGCCAACUCGAAACCCUCACAACACUGGCACUUGCAGCAGUUAUGUCAUCGCUCAAUCCGAAGCCUUCAGUGGCAUCACCUGACAAGUCCCCAGAGUCCCUGUCACCAAAGAAGAAGGCAGAUCUACCACAACCCCCUAGUAGCCCUCAGAAAACAGGGCCAAUUCUCACACACUCCUCGAUUGAAAAAUUUGUGAGUUGGUGCAAGGUGAUGCGUGGCGAGGAUUGGAGUGCUUGCAUGAAUGGCAUGCAAAGUGAGGAGAUCUAUCCAGAUGAUUAUCUUGGGAAGCUUUCCAAUGAAGAGCUACAGAACUCUCUUGGUCUUGGUCUUGGAUCUGUUCACCAAUUUCACGCAGCAGCAUCUGAGUUCUGGAAAUUGCAGGUCAAGUGGUGUCGUGUGGCCUUUUCUGAUCCAACACUGAGUGUGCAGAUGAACCCAGCUGGUCCUUCCUCAGCCAAACAGAAGCGCAAGACACCUGAUGACCCAAAUGACUGGGUUGUGGUCCCCUACAAGCGGAAGUACCUGAUGGUGGUGAGAAGCGAUUCCAUUUCUGCCACUUCAAAGAUGGCCAUACUCCAACUUAUGAUGAUGGUAUACCGGUAUUCAAUCCCCCUCUCAGUGACAAUAUCGAUGACAUGA